AUGGACGUUGUGCUGAGCCAGCAGCACUCGCAGCAUGGCAUCGAGAACGUGCUGGAUGUGCCGGAUGAGGAAGCGGACGGCCACCGCGUGCGGUUCAUCAACGAUGACCUGGACCGAGAGAACUUGCACUUCCGGUUAUCGGAGGCUGUAAUCCAGACGAUGGAGGCCAACAAGCCGGGUAUGCCGUCAAGCAGCUUCGACCACCUCUUCGACACAUCCGAAGACACACCGCCGCCACACAGCACCUUCGCCCUCUAUCUGCCCUGUGCGCUCUGCGGCCCACACCAUGACGCCUACCCGCAUACGCCGUCAUAUCCACAGCAGGAACCGGCCCUCCCCAACGUGCCCGAGGACGGCCACGACGUUGACGCCGUUGAUCGGGGCAAGCAGCCGCCGUGUCAGCAUGUCCAAGGCGACGUUGCCAACCCGGAGUAUCAACAUGAGCAUGAACAACAAGCACACCAACAGGAGCAGGAGGAGGUGCAGGAGGUACAACACAAGCACCUGCAACAACACCAACCACAGCAGCACAAGCAACAGCAACAACACCAACCACAGCAGCACAAGCAAGAACAGCACAAGCAAGAACAGCACAAGCAAGAACAGCAGCAGCAGCAGAAGUCCAAGGCUGCGCAUGUGUCACAGCCCAUAUCGGGGCAAGGGCGUGCUCGUAACGACACGAGUACCACGACAACGUCAACAGCCACCUCUCACACAACCGCAACAACCACCUCUGCGUCGUCCACGCCCGAGGAGCAAGGCGACCCCUCUCCCGUUCGUCCUCGUCCUCAUCCUCACCAUCAUCGUGAUGGUGACGAUGACGCCCACGGCACCACCCAUGAUGCCACGGCACAAGAGCGGGCAGACACACUCGCGACGCCAACAGAGAGCAAUGCGGUGGCUGUUCCCUCGAUGCAGGCAAGCACCACAUCAGAUGCCACGACGACACCGACGGCGCCCCUGCGAACAUCGCACCGCCCCUCGCUGCGCGCAUCGCCGCUUCGAUAUGGGCUGACGAGCCACAGCGAGGCCUCGUCACCAACGCUGUCGCUGUCACCGAUUCGCAGCUUUGCACGCAGCCGCGCCACCUCCCCCAUCCGCAUGGCACCGCGCGCGCCAUCAUCGUCGUCAUCAGCAGCAGCAUCUCGCCAGCGCCCCGCGUCCUACCAUUCACGCCACCACCUGCCUCAUCAUCACCAGCCGCACUCACGCUCGCACCACCGCGGCCACACCCGCUCGACCUCGCUCGCGUGGACACCGGAGCACUUGUCCACCUCUCUUCCCAACGCAGCAGCGCCGCACGCGUCCCUGCCCGUGUCACCCGCCACUUCCACCCGGCCGCGUGCGCCGAUGCGCUCGACGUCCCCGGAAUCGGUUGUGCUCGGGCUGCUCCACUCGAUGCUUCACGAUGACACCCACAGCACCAGCACCGACCCCAACCACAGCCACCCGCACCACAUCGACAGACACCGCGAUGGUGGUGACGGUGGUGAUGGUGGUGAUGGUGCUGGCGACACGCGUGGACGCCGUGUUCAUGCGCGUCAAGACAGCGUGGACGAUGCUGGCAGCACACACGACGCCGCCACGCCUGCUGCCCACGUCGGUGGCACGACGGGGCGCGAUGAUGAGCGAGGCGGUGGCGCUGGCGGCGGCAAGACAAAGGAGGGCGGUGACGAUGCGAGCGAGCAGCGGUUGGUGGAGAUUGUAUCCCAUCAGCCGCUGCUGCCGGACAAUCACGCCGCUGUUCCGCAGCGCCCGCUCCGCCCCCCGAGCAUCAAUCUCCGAGACCUGCGCGCGUCGCAACGCGAAUUGCGCAACAUCUGGCACCCGUCCAUCCGCGGGAACGACCAGUGGGCGCCACCACGGCAUCAGGUCAUUUACCACGUCAACAACCGAGCAGCCGUCACGCGCGCUGAUGCAAUGAAGCAGCAGGGGUACCGCUGCUACAACUGCGGCCUCAAAGUGGAGAUUAGCCACUUGUUUCAGAAGUUCCGCUGGUGUGAGUACACGGGCAAGUACUUCUGCACGUCGUGCCACAAGCAAGACAAGGCCUUUAUCCCUGCACGCAUCGUCCACUUCUGGGACUUCCGCCGCUACCCCGUGUCCAAGUUUGCUGCUGAGGUCCUUGUGUCCAUCAAGGAUCUGCCUGUUUUUGACCUGCAAACCAUCAACCCGCGCCUGUUGAAACGCAUUUCAUCGCUGCGCAAAAUGCAUUUGCUUCGCGUUCGGCUGAAGUCUCUUCGCGACUACCUGUGCGCCUGUUCCAAUGGAGAGCACCUGCUCUCGCUCCUGGGAGAGAACGACAACAUGGCAACCUCCAAAUCUCAAUACUCCCUCAUGCAGCUUGUGAAGGUCAAGUCCGGGCAGCUGUACAGGGACAUGGCGGCGGUGUGCCGCGUGUGGGAGGAUCACGUUAUGGGCUGCCCCCGCUGUCUUGGUCUUGGCCACAUCUGCGAGUUUUGUAACAACGACAGGGAUUUGCUCUUUCCCUUUCAGAUUCAACGCAUCCACAAGUGUCCGGAGUGUAAGGCCAUUUCCCACGCCAGGUGCUUUGCAAAGCGGAAGCAAUGCCCGCGGUGCGAGCGGCGGAGGCGGUAUCGGGCCCGCAGCGCGCGCCUCAGCACCACCUCAACCACAGGGCGCAGCGGUUAUGAUGGUGGCGGUGGUGGUGAUGGUGGUGAUGGUGGUGAUGGUGCAGAGAAGAGGCAGUGA